GUUCUCGCUGGUGAAAAUCGUUGGUUCGAUUCCGUCUCCGAAGUGAUCGCCCGAAUCGGGGCGAGUGAAUACGCGGACUUGGCCGAAUUGUCCGAUGACCUUGAGUCUUUGGAUCGAGUGGCCAGUGAACACACGGCAGAAGAUGAGGAACGCUUGGACACUUUAUGUGCGUCCCUAGCCGCAUCCAAAGUACUAUCCAACUCUGUGCGAGAUGAACUGAAGGAGUACAAACACAAACUGGCUACCACAAGAACUGAGAUUGAGUCCACAAAAUCGAAAAAUCAAUCCAUACUGUCUCAGUGUCAAGCUGCCGAGGCGAGAGCCGAGGAGAUCAUCAGUUGGUUGAUUGCCGUGGAGCCACAACUUCGCGACUGCGUGAAUGCAAACAUGUCCGCCUCGGAUGAGCCGGAAAAAUUUGCCGAAUGGGAACGUCAGUUGAACGAUGUGGAUCAGUUUAUUUUACGACUGGAAACUCAAUUUGCCGAGGCCAAGAAAGAAUCGUCCAGUAAAUUGCUCAUACACAAACUUCAACUGUUCCGAAAUCGUAUACAGGAACGAUUCACUGUUGCACAACAAAUGAUGCUCCGACUUGCUAGACCGACCGACUUUGAACCCAGAUUGGCCAAAAUACGGCACGUGAUUUCCAGCGUGGAAGCUGAACUCAGUCACGUGGAUGUUUUAUCACUCAGUCCGGAACACAUCAAGACGAUUACAGAGAAAGCAAAAGAACUCCUUACCGAACUGAAUGAAAUCAAACCGGAUUUGGAAUAUGCACAACAGACUGGACAAGUGUUGGUUGAAAAUAAGGCAGUCGAUUAUCCCGAGCGAUUGCUCACUGACUUAUCCGUGCUGUGUGAUCGACACAAGAAAUUGGUGAUGAAUGUGCUCAUGUCCCUUGAGCGCUUGGAGGACGCCUUACCGCUGACUCAACGUCUGUUCCGGUUGCGAACUAAUCUGAAUCAACAAUUGACCAGUGUAGAAGAGGUAACGGACUAUUUGGAGAAUGCGGACUGUCCACAAUCCAGGCACGAUAUGCUUCAGGUAGGACUGAUCGAAUUUGGGAGUUACAAAAAUCUGGAGCAAGUUUUCAAUAGCAGCGCAACUUUUUUGGCUUUCGUUUACAUGCAGAGAUCGCACUGUAUUCCAUUCCUCCUAAUCAUACACGUAAAAAUACUAGACAGAUGGUUGUUCAAUCUCUCACUUUCUUUUAAUUUUUAUUUUACGUGUUGA